AAAAGACUUUACUUCCAAAAGGUAUUCAGGAAAAGGAAAUAUAAGGGAGUAUAUUAUGGAAAUGUCUUAUAUUGUUUCUAGGCUCAAGACACUUAAGAUUGAGAUAUCGGAAGAUGUUCUCGUACACAUAGUCUUGAACUCUCUUCCUAUUGCAUUUGAUCCUUUUAAGGUUAGUUAUAACUGCCAAAAGGAGAAGUGGUCUCUUAAUGAGCUCAUUUCAUAUUGCGUGCAAGAGGAAGAGAGGAUGAAACAAAAUAAGACAGAAAGUGCUCACUUGGCUAGUACCUCUAAGGAUAAGGGUAAAAAGAGGAAGAAAACUCUCAUUAAGAAUGAAGCUGCUAAGGGUCCAGUACAGAUGAAACAUAAGGAAGGUGAAACAACCUGUUUCUUCUGUAAGAAGUCUGGACACAUGAAGAAGGAUUGUACCAAGUAUCACGCAUGGAAAGUGAAGAAAGGGUUGUCUGAGCCACCGCAAGCCAAAUGAUGCUGAAAGAUGCGUCUAUGUGGGAGAUGGCAAAGCAGUGCAUGUGGAGGCUAUUGGGCAUUUUAGAUUGUUAUUAUCUACCGGUUUCUAUUUGGAUUUAAAAGACACUUUUAUUGUUCCGUCAUUUAGGCGGAAUUUGGUUUCUGUUUCUUAUUUGGACAAAUUAGGUUAUCAUUGUUCCUUUGGAAACUUCCGGUUUAAUUUGUCUUUGAAUUCAAAUAUUGUGGGGACUGGUUCUUUUAUGUCAUAUGACAAUCUUUACAUGCUUGAAACAAUAACUUCAUAUAAUAAUGCUUUAAAUGUUGACACCCGAGGCACUAAGCGAAAGGUUGAUAAUGC